CUAGUUUGCAAUUAUUAUGAACGUGAACGGUAUCAUUAUAUUUUUGGUAUUGGCCACGUUUGUGGAAGCAGCCAGUGUUCCAGAAGACAAUAAGUCUUCCUCUACUACCGAAAAAGACACCAGUUCUUCUACUUCUACUACAAAAGACACUAGUUCUUCUUCAACUUCUUCUACACCUUCUUCAACUUCUCCAAAAGACACUAGUUCUUCUUCUACUUCAUCAAAAUCCACUAGGUCUUUUUCUACUUCUUCUCCUAGGUCUUCUACUUCUCCAACUUCUUUUUCUUCUACUUCGACUUCGACUUCUACUUCAACUUCGACUCCCCCUACUACGUCUACAACAACAGAGAACCCUCUCACAGAAUUGGAUGCGCACAUAAAUAAACUGAUACAACAGCUUAUCGACUCCAAAGAAGGAUACUACAGUAAAAAUAGUGAAUAUGAGGAUAAAUUGUUAUAUUUAAUUCAUGCCAAAGGACUGAAAAAGGAAUAUUUUGCCUACAAAUAUGUCGCUUAUGAAACAUUCAAGUCGUAUAACAAACGACGAUUAGAGCUAGAGGAAAAAAUUGAAGAGCGCAUUGAAGAGAUCAAUAUUGAACUUACAGUCGGAACGGAAACUGAAUGCUAUACGUUUUAUUUAAAGCAAAAAAGGACACUCGAGCUCGCUCUAGUCAACACAAACUAUCAGAAGGAACACGCAUUAAGACAAAGUGACUUGAAUUGCCCCAACUACAUAUAUGAAUACAAUGAAUAUGAUGAAUACAAUGACUAUGAUGCUUUUGAUGAUUACGAUGAUUUUUAUGACUAUGAUUAUUAACACUUAACAGAAAUAUUGUUCAAUAUAAAUAUUCCGAUUUGUACCUCCGA